UCUAUACUGGUAGCUUCGGACAGUCCGGUAGGUUCGGACGUUUUAAAAAUGACGUAAAAUCGAAGGUAUAAACGCGACGUCGCGAGCCAAUCUUCUGACAAUAUUUUGACAAGAAGACACACUGUCGUAUUCCAGUAAGAAAAAUCAGCAAAAUGCGCCAUAAACAGCCGAAAGCAUCGAAAUAUCAUGGUAAAUACAGGGGAUACAGAAAAGAGGCACUUGUUCUGGCUGUCGAAGCUGUCCAAAAGGGAUUGUCGGUGCGGAGAGCCGCAGCACAAUUUUGUGUGCCACGGGCCACCCUUGCUGAUAGAGUAUCGGGACGGAUAAGUGGUACAGUAACCAAGGAGACACUCUUUAACCAAGAGGAGGAAUUGAGGUUAGUGGAGUAUUUAGAGUCACUGGCACAGCUCGGAUAUGGGGCCACUAGAAGUCGACUCAAAGAUUUGGCUGGGGAUUUAGCCUUUAGCCUUGGUAAACGGGGAAAGAAUAAGCCUUUAAGCAACGACUGGGUCUCGGGAUUUUUACAGAGAUGGAAAACACGCCUGUCAUCUGUUCGCCCAAGUGCAUUGGAAUCUUACCGUGCGAAGUAUGCAACUCCGGAAUCGGUGGAUCAUUAUUUCAAAAAUCUUGAAGAAACAUUAAAAAAGUAUGACUUAUUAAACAAGCCAGAGUGCAUUUACAAUUUAGAUGAGACCGGUAUCCAGCCAGAACAUCGCCCCCUUAACAUUAUUGCCCCCACCUGUGAAAAGGCGCAGGAAGACACGCCCUUACAGAAGGUGAUUGCAAUGAAAACUGGUAAAGAGGCAGUUGAUAAAUACUUCGAAGACAAGUACAACCGUAGAAGUUCUAGCCCUAUGUCACCAAAGACAGGUGUUCAAGUAUCCCUGGAGUGA